CUCGACCCAUCCCGUCACUUGAACAACGCUGACAACUCUGCAGACAACUCGACGCAGUCAAGCAAUGGCACUGCUGGAAUUGAUUCUUGUCUCUCUCGUACCGACUCUUCUUCAGUGGCAGACAUGACUCCUUCACCUAUCUCGACCGGACCCAGCACACAGCCGCUCAACUCGCCUGCGUCUGGAGCCAUGAGUGUUGCCUCGAUUGUGUCACCCACUUCAUACGGCUUUGCUCAUCCCUUCUACGAGGGGAACAAUAGCCUCAAUGGAACGAAUGGAGACUCGAGACGGGAGUCGGUGGAUAGCAGAUUGGGUGCCAACUUCGGCGACAUGAGACUUGCGAACUCUCCUUACGCCAGUGCCAAUCCUUCAACGACGUCGUUGCAGAGUACUCUGGCCCAACAACGCAAUCCAGGAUCUGCACAUCCAGAUCGUAACUCGGGGCCCUUUCGCCUCUCAAGCGGUUAUCAACCAAACUAUCAGCGUGUUCCAGACGGUCCCAGCAUGACUUCCCGUACGGCACCUUUGAUCACUGGACCCGCUCUUGGUGCCAUUGCUCGUGCACCUGAGCCUACCAAAGGUCAAGCUUGGGCUUUCCCUGAAGAGGAAGUGCAAAGACUUCCGUCGGCUGCGAGACCGAGCGAUGAUACGAAUCGUCAUGGGACAUCAUUCUAUGAUGACUCGAGGCGCAACUCUUACGCGGACUCCAUCGCAAGCAGCCAGUAUACAACCGAAUCUCGAUUGCCUCCUGGACAACGACGUUUGGAAGACGGCGUGCCUUCUGACUAUCACAGAGCCUCGUCGGAAUACCAAGUGAGCACACAUCAUCACAGUCUUCAACAUCGACAGAUCUCUGAACUUCAGAACGAUGAUGGCUCGCCUACCAACUCCCAGCCUUAUUCGCGAACUCCUGAGUUGCGAGUCUCGCACAAGCUUGCUGAGAGAAAGCGUCGACUGGAAAUGAAAGAUUUGUUUGACACAUUGAGAACAUUGCAAAGUGUUGAACGAGGUGCCAAAGCUUCGAAGUGGGAAAUUCUUUCUAAAGCUAUCUCCGAACACGAACGUCAAACGAAGAUCAUCGACGAUCAAAAGAAGCAGAUCCAGCGCCUGGAAGCUCACCUUGGACGAGUCGAGCAUGAUCUCGACAUCGCUCGACGCGAAGCCAAUUCCGCCCGACUGGAAAACGCUCAACUUCGGUCGGAUGUUUCUGGACUCCAAGGCGGUGCUCCCGGAUACCAUGGUCCCGCACCACCCGUGCAGCACAGCCACGGGUAUGCAAUGCAACCUUCUGAACCCCAACAACAGUUACCACCGCUUCGAAAUAUCCCAGGUCCCGAGGUUAUGAAUGGGGUACAGUACCAACACGAGCAACGAUCCAACGGAUAUCGUCCUGGGGACAGAUUCUGAUCCACGCCUUCACGCCUCGUCAUGAUGAUCGAUCCUUUUAUAUAUCAUGGCCAAUGGCCAACCUAUUUCUCCUAUAUAUCCAAAUUUCAGCUGUGCUUACAAUGCACGUAACGCUCGAAUAUCGCGACCAUGACAUGCAUUGGAACGACGAUACAAGGCGCAGCUAUCUUCCCUCAACGGCUGUCAGCAAUCAUUGCAUGAUGCAACGUCUCGAGCUGACUGACGAUCUCACAUCUUCCUGAAUCGUUUGUGUUAUUACUAUUAUUACCAUUUAUAUUCCCUUUCUUGUGUUUGGAGUACAUUAGUCCUGGUUGGGAACACCUUUUUACUUCGCUCAAUACCCCACGGAGGUGACUCGGUCUGCCUCACAU